CUUUCCCAGCGCCGCGCUGCCGUUUCUGAGAUCGAUUCCAAGCUGCAGUGUGCCCAACUGCUUCUUCCUCUUCCCAUGGCGUCCAUCUUCCUGUGCUCGCCCCUUCUCCUGCUUCUCCCUCUCUGCUCGGAUUUUGCCAGGUCCGCGCAGCUCCCAUGGCGCCUGGCUGGAUUUCUCCUCGGCGCGUCUGCUCCCUGGAACUCGCCACUGCGCGCGCGCCCCUUCCUCUGCGCGCGUCGCGCCCAAGCUCCCUGCUCACGCCGUCGUCGAGCUUCCUGAUACGCGCGCCCAGCUGUUCCUCCUCCCUGCUCGGCUUAACCAUCAGCCUCCCUCCCCUCGGUGCCCAGCGCGUCCCUCUGUCCCUGCGCGCCGUGCUCUCUUCCAUGGAUGCCGCGGCUGCUGCUCUGGUGUUUUCCCUGCGCACGACGCUCCUCCAGUGCCGCGUCCGACUCACUGGCUUUCCCCGAGCUCGCGCUCAACCUGCUCGCCGGAUCCUCUGCAAGCUGUCGCGCCGUCGCCUUGCUGUGCGCCUCUGAUUCGCCCUUGCUCGGAUCUGCCGUCGCGUCCUGUUCCCUGGUGGCCGAGCAUAGCCCUUGCGCUCGUGCAUUCUCUGUUCAAUUUCUAGAACACCUAGGUCUAUCCAUGGUCGCUCCCUUCGUCGUUGGCGCUCGACUCCUUGUUUCAGUUUGCCGUGUCGCGCCGUUAUUGUUUCUGUCGCGAGCUCGAUCCCGUUGUCAUCACUUCGCCGUAUUCGCCGGUAGCCACCUCGUCGUGCUCGUCUCCAGUCCUCGCGCGGCUUUCUGCUUGCCAGCGCGCCCUCUCAGCUCGCUCGGCCUUAAUUCCUACCGCGUCAUCGACCUCACCGCGACUUAGUUCGUCCGUUGUGCUGGUCGCUGUCCCAUGCUGUGCCUAUUAGCUCGGAUCCUGCCCUAGCUCGUCGUUGCGUCGUUCACAGUCGAGUCGUCAAACCCGUCAUCCCCUGCUCAACCCCCACCUCACCAGCUCGCUCCCGACUUUAACUGAAGGUCGUCGUUGUUCCGCAAGUCAUCAAGAAAUCUCAAGAAUCAGGUGAAGACGAAGCUAGCAGCGUGGUAUUCACCAAGUGCGCGACAAAAAGCUCGAACAUCCUGCGCGACUCAAGUUCGAUUCGUCAAAAUUAUUUAGUCGAGGAAAAUGUCUUCAGCAAUUGAUUACCGAAGAAAAGAAGGCCCCUGGAUGACGUUAACCGGAACCCGUAGUCGUGCUUCCGACUAUCUCGUCAAAUUAGUCAGGGUAAGCAAAUUUGUUAUUCGUGCGAGUGGAUUAAUGAAUGAUCUGACUAGGUCUAAUAUUUAUU